GCAGUAUCACAGCCCUCACACAUAUCGAAUGAGAUUUGUGUGGCGCAUAUGUAUUUGGUGCCUCCUUGUACCAAUAUCUAUGUGUUAAAAUAAAAUAAAUAACAACUAAGGAACGGAGACAAUCAGUUGCUAGGUAGAAAUAAAAUAUAUGGUUGGGCCCAAGUGCACUGGAUCAUGUCGUCGCACAUUAUAUCAGUACAGAGAAGAUUAACGGGAUAACAAAUGAGAAUGUGAACUUAAUAAUUCGGACAUUGGUUUAAACUAUGUAUCUUUUUUUGACGAUGACUUGGAUUAAUUGAACUAGGCCUCAGAGAUAUUCAACAUAUGCUUACUGGAUUCUUGGGGAUUGAUGAAAAAAGUAGGAGCAACUAUGUUUUCUUUCAGAAUUGGACAAAUUUAUUUUGUUAAUUUGUCAGGCUGAUGAAGCUUUUUAGCUUGUAUAUUAUUGGAUCGAAAGGAAUGACGUGUUCACCAUAUUAUGCAAACAUUACAUCUAUCGCUUUGUUUAAAGUUACAAAGAAAACCGAUUUUUUACCAAGUCUUUUUCAGUAUUCUGUAUUCGAUAAUCCUUUUUUAAAGAAAUAUAGAAUGUUUUGCGUACAUUGGUUUGCCCAUAGACUUUCAUUUUUCUCUCUAAUCAUUUCAUGAUAAUUUUUUCGUUAUUGUAUAGAAGACAUUAUGCAAAAGAUAUUUGUGAAUAGUUACAUAAACUUGUAUGGUGUUUUCGGUAACUAGGAUUUUCUCGCUAACAAGAAGCAAAUUUGAUGCAAUAGUGCUUUAUACCUGCGCGAUCGAUCUGGUUUUCAACUCGGAUUCGACAAUAUGAAAUGUGAUGAGUCUAUAAACCAGACGUACCACUUGGCGGCUUGGUCAUGGAAUCGAUUAUCUAGAUCGGUUAUAGUGGAAUUGGUCGCCACUGUAUUAUGUAUAUACUUCAUUUUCCGUUUCGCUGCUUUGUAUGAGUCUGAGACUACACUUAUGUCUAAGUUGAUCAGUACUCUUCAACAAUUAUCAAAUUCUUUAGAUGACCAUAUAAUGUUGCAAAUGGAACUUCAUUCAAAACUGAAGAGGACAAACUUGCCACCUGAUAAAGUUACUAUUCCAGUUUUAGUGAUAGCUUGUAAUCGUCCAACUGCUAGUCGUCCUAUUGAUAAACUAUUACAGUUAAAAUCCGAAAUGCUGAAGCAAAACAAUUUUGAAUUUCCGAUUUUCGUUUCACACGCUUGCGAUGACCAUGCUACUGAAAAAGUUUUACGUUCCUAUCAGGAUAGCAUUACUGUCAUAAAACCAAAAGCCCCGUUAAUUAAUCCAGUUCAAAGCUCUUCUCUUAAAGUAUUUGAAGGUUACAGACAUGUUAGCCAUCAUUAUAAAUGGGCUUUAGAUCAAAUUUUUAUGGCACAUAAUUAUUCGACUGUAAUAAUCGUAGAAGAUGAUCUGGAUUUGGCUCCAGAUUUUUUAAGUUAUUUUGUUGGUGCAUACAAUCUUUUAACUCAGGAUAAUACACUUUUCUGUGCAUCUGCCUUUAAUGACAAUGGGCGACUUCAGUUAAUCGAUAUUACACGUCCCGAAUUAUUAUACAGAACUGAUUUCUUUCCUGGUUUGGGUUGGAUGUUAUUGAGAAAAUUUUGGCUAGAAAUCCGUAAAGGAUGGCCCGAUAUAUACUGGGAUGAAUAUAUGCGUAAAUCUUAUGUACGUAAAGGUCGAGCUUGUAUUCGACCAGAAAUUAGUCGUUCUAUUACAUUUGGACGAGAAGGUAUAUCUAAUGGUCAAUAUUUUGAUAGUCAUUUAAAAUAUAUUAAGUUAAGUAGUGCAAAAAUCAAUUUUCAACAGCUAGAUUUAUCAUAUUUGAAAGAAGAUGUUUAUCGUGAUGAAUUCAAGCAACUAGUUUAUGAAGAUUCAGUGGAAAUUAGCUUUAAACACUACAUGAAUAAUCGCAGUUCAUUACCACACAAUUCAAAAUCUAUCCGAAUAACAUAUGAAACUCGAAAAGAAUUUGAAGAAAUUGCGAAAGCUUUAGGAAUUAUGUUUGAUUUCAAAUGUGGUGUAAGUCGUAAUGCCUAUAUGGGGGUGGUACCAGUGUUUGUGAAUGGUCAUCGUUUGUAUAUUGCCCCACCUUCCAAUUGGUCAGGUUAUAAUGAAUCAUGGGUAUAGCGAAAGUUUUUUCUCACAAAAUUAUUAGGAUGGAAAAAGCUCAUUCGUUAUUCUUUUCUUAGUAACUUAUAAAAUGUUUUCUACCGUUUCUUUCUACUUAUUAUUUACCUUACUUUUUUGUUCUUGCAUAAGACCUUUGUUUCUAAAAUGAUGAAAAUAUGGGAAACACGAAAUAUUCUGUAUAUUGUUCCAAUUUCUGCACAUGUAUAUUGCUAUGGACACAUGUAAUUAUAAAAUUUUCUGUCUUACAUUAUUUCAGUGCUCUUGCAUUGUUUCUUUUUACUGGUAGAUGUGUAUGUAUGCAUUAUUAGGUGAUUAAAUAGUUCCUUAUGUUUUCUGAAUUCUUUUGUAUUUCUAUGGAUUGUCCACCUGUAUUUUGAUGAACAAUAUAAAAUUCUCUACAAUGAUGUACAUAUUUAUGUGAUAUUAUUUGUUAUUUUCUUGUAUCAUAAAUGAAGUAAGUAAACGAGUGUAAGUGAUUAAUUCUCAUUGAGUAGAUUUAUUUUUAAAAAGUUUUUUCCCAGUGUAACCAAGACAAAAAAAAACUCAGAAUAUAACUAUGUCGUUAUUAACUAUUUACACAAUAUAUUAUUUCAUAAUUGUACAUUUUUAUUCUUUUCUAUUUGCCUUACCUUCUUGAUAAAAAAAAGAAUGUUCUACCAUAUAUGUUUUCAUGAAUUCAAGAUGAAGUAGAUUUGUCAAUUAUUGUUUGGUUUGUUUAUGUUUAUAUUUCCUAUGAAGAAGAUAAAAAGUUGAUAUUUUUUUGUUUUUCACCCACUGAACUCUUAAAUUCCAUUGCAACAUAAUAGUCCCUAAUAAUUAAUGGCCUAGAGUGAAUUAUGAAUUAUAAAACGGUGCAUUUUAUGUUGAAGGUUAUUUACAUCGUUUUCAAUAUUCACGAAGAAUAUUAUGCUAAACACUGUUAUUUUUCUGUUCAUUUAAUGGAUAAAUAUCACAUAUUAAAUUCUAAUUUUUACU